AUGGCGUACAUCGCCAUACUUGUUUCGCCCUGUAUCGAGCGCUUUUGCGACAAUGUUCGGAAUUGCCGUCAACGACUGGUGGAAACGAAACGCUAUCAAGGAUCCCUGCAGGCGGGCUACGAGGCGUUGGAUAUAAUGCAUGCAGCGGCGCAUGGAGAUAGCGCAUCCAUGUCUCGAAUCACUCAAAUCGUUCAUGACAUCGAAAGCCGACCGAAACAAAAACGAAACCAAGCCCGAAUACCGACGACACUUGGUCUACGCGAAAAGAAAAGAGCUGAAAAUAUAGCAUUCCAAAGACAAACAAUGUACCGACACCCCGACGCUGAGCCAAUUCUGUCACGUCCAAGACAUUCCGUUGCUGGUCAACGACAUAUACCUAUACUCGUCACCGCUCGUGGUGUACCGUUUCUGAGAAUCAAAAAACCGCAGCCGCAGAAUCUAAGUCGAAUUAUUCGGCACAAGCUCCGCUUCAAGGAUAAACUAGUGGAAAGACGAGAUCGACUACUUAUUGAUACGCUCUUUGCAAAGGAUGAGGAAGACUGGGAUCGGCUCGUUGAGGGUCAGCCUGUCACCGCGCAAGUGAUAAAAGCACAUCAAGACUUGCCUUGGGUUGGAGGCACUUGGCUAGAAAGUCCUUUACAGUGUUACAAGAAGGCAUUUUAUGAUAAUAUAGAGUUUGAGAAGAAGCAACAGGCGCUCGCGGAGAAAAUGUGGGAGGUCGUUCUCGCCGAACGUAAACUAGCUGCAGAAGAGGAAGCCAGAAAAAUGGGCGCUGGAAAGCCACCCUCACUUGUGUUUUGGAGGGCCUGGAUACAAAAUUUUCGCAAAAAGCUUUUGGGUUGA